UCCAAGGGAUGAGAGUUUACGGUGUACUCGUUUUGUUACAUGGAUGAUCUCAUUUAGCCAGUCGUCCGGCGAAUUUCCAAGGGAGAUUUGUGAGCACAGCAGCAACAAAACGAAUACAUCAUUAUUGGAAUAGAACGAGAUAUUUGAGGAAUAUUGCACAACCAGCAAACGAGCGGGUUCUUGUACGGAGGUCCCCAGGAGAAUGGGCAGCACCUGCCAUGUGACGAGGUUCGGCGGACCGAAGGAGCUGCCCAGGACACACGGACUUGAGAGUGGAUGGAUGCAUGGAGCCCGCGAGGAGGACACAGUGAGGUUGGGCUGCACCAACAUGUCUCGCCGCGUGGGCGAGUAUGCGGUCACAGAAGUGCACAAAGAGGAAUACGAUAUCGAUUCACCUGAGUGGACAACAGUAGGAAAAUCCAAGUCAUAUGAAGAGUUUGAAGAGGAGGUUGGAGGCUACACGAAGAUAACAACCGUCACAGAGACGAAGCUCACCAAACAGCUUCCAGGAACGGUGACGGAGCGCACCAUCAUCACCGAGAUCCCGUACGAUGAGGGGGGAGAGGAAGAGGAGGAGGAGGAAGUGGAGGAAAUUGUAACCAAGAAGUUCGGAGCAAGCGAUGGACCCAGAAGCACCCAGCAGAGCAGGCCAGAGAGGAAAGCAGCCAGAGAUGUCAGCGCAGCUCCGAGUGAACACCUCACUGUGGACCUGCUGCACAGCAAGAAAGCACAAGAUCUCUACAGCACGUUGAAGUAUAAGAAGGACUACGAGGAAAACAAAGCCAUCGGGUUCAGCAUCGUGACAGACACUCCUGAGCGCAAGAGAACCAAGCGGGCACAGGACCAGAUCAGCGAGGUGAAAUACCACAAAGAAUGGGAGAAGAUGAAAAACGUGUGCCACCUAGACAACACCAGCCGAGAUGUGGAGCAUGCAGCCAAAGUGUCCAAGAUGGUCAGCAAGAUUUUGUACAAAGAAAAAUAUGAAGACAUGAAGGAGCAUUUUCAACUACCUCCUGAUGCGCCCGAGUUUGUACACGCGCUAAAAAACUCGGCACUCUACAGCAAGAAUGCGUAUAAGGCUGAAUACGAAGACGAGAAAGCGACCUUCUUUCCGUACGCCGACAGCCCGGAGCUCCGGCGCGUCGCGUCCGCACAGAAGAUUUUUAGCGACAUUCAAUACAAACAGAAGGGCGAUGCUCCAUACACAUCAGUGGCAGACCCCCCUGAUGUGCGGCAGGCUAAGAAGAACUUUCUGCAAGGCAGUGAUCUGAAGUAUCGCGAGGCCUAUAACAAGGACGUUAAGGGAAAGUGGGCCGAGACACCCUACGUGGACAUGGCAAACGCCAAGAUCAACGCGCACAAUCUGUCUCAGAUCCAGUACAAGGCAGACUGGGAGCACAUGAAGGACAAACAGUGUGGUCUGCAGAAGGAUGCACUGCCACUCAAGGUGGCCAAGGCCCAGUGCAAGAUUGCCAGCAAUGUGGAGUACAAGCGGGCAUUCGAGCAGGCCCGAGGCCAAGCGGCCUGCAUGCAGAGCGUGGAUGAUGAUCCCAAGAUCCGCCAUUCCAUGAAUGUUUCCAAGAACCGCAGUGAGAAUCUGUACAAGAAGGAAUAUGAGAAGAACAAGACUAAGUUUCACAUGCCGGCGGACAGUGUUCACGUGGUUCAAGCUAAAAAUGCGCAGGAAAUGGCCAGCAACUUGGACUACAAGACAAGCCAACAUGGCUACGUACUUCCCCCUGACUGUGUGACAUCACAGCAGGCCCGCAAGUCCUAUGACCUCCAGAGUGAUAAUUUGUACAAGUCGGACAUGGACUGGAUGCGUGGGGUGGGCUGGGUCACCUCGGGUUCCGUGGACGUUGAGAAGGUCAAGCGCGCAGGCAGCAUCCUGAGUGAGAGGAAGUACAGACAGCCAGCUCAGCAGCAGCCCUUCACCCAGGUGGAGGACACGCCAGAGUUGGUGAAGGCCAAAUCCAACAAGCAGCUCUGCAGUAAACUCGUGUACAAGGCAGAUAGUGAGAAGCGCCUGCACCAGUACACCAUGGAUGCAGAUGAACCCCAGCUGCUGCAGGCCAAGGUCAACAGCAUCAAUCUGAGUAAUAAAUGCUACCAAUUUGACUAUGAAGAAAACAAGGCCACGGGUUAUGACCUGAAGGCUGAUGCCAUUCCUUUCCGUGCUGCAAGAGCUUCCAGCAACAUCGUGAGCGAUCGCAAGUACAAGAAGGAGUACGAGGCAGACAAAGGCAAGCACAUCGGGGCCCGGAGCCUGCAGGACGACCCCAAGAUGGUUCACUCAAUGCGUGUGGCCAAGAUGCAGAGUCAGCGCGAGUACAAGAAGGGCUAUGAGAAGGGCAAGACCAGCUACCACACGCCGAUGGACAUGCUGCAGGUCGUGGAGGCCAAGAAGGCCCAGGCCAUGGCCAGCAACGUGGACUACAAGACGCGGCUGCACAGCUACGUGCUGCCACCCGACUACAUGACGGGACAGCACGCCCGCAAGGCCUACGACCUGCAGAGCGACAAUUUGUACAAGUCGGACAUGGACUGGAUGCGUGGGGUGGGCUGGGUCACCUCGGGUUCCGUGGACGUUGAGAAGGUCAAGCGCGCAGGCAGCAUCCUGAGCGAGAGGAAGUACAGACAGCCAGCUCAGCAGCAGCCCUUCACCCAGGUGGAGGACACCCCAGAGUUGGUGAAGGCCAAAUCCAACCAGCAGCUCUGCAGUAAACUAGUGUACAAGGCAGAUGGCGAGAAGCGCCUGCACCAGUACACCAUGGAUGCAGAUGAACCCCAGCUGCUGCAGGCCAAGGUCAACAGCAUCAAUCUGAGUAAUAAAUGCUACCAAUUUGACUAUGAAGAAAACAAGGCCACGGGUUAUGACCUGAAGGCUGAUGCCAUUCCUUUCCGUGCUGCAAGAGCUUCCAGCAACAUCGUGAGCGAUCGCAAGUACAAGAAGGAGUACGAGGCAGACAAGGGCAAGCACAUCGGGGCCCGGAGCCUGCAGGACGACCCCAAGAUGGUUCACUCAAUGCGUGUGGCCAAGAUGCAAAGUCAGCGCGAGUACAAGAAGGGCUAUGAGAAGGGCAAGACCAGCUACCACACGCCACUGGACAUGCUGCAGGUCGUGGAGGCCAAGAAGGCCCAGGCCAUGGCCAGCAACGUGGACUACAAGACGCGGCUGCACAGCUACGUGCUGCCACCCGACUACAUGACGGGACAGCACGCCCGCAAGGCCUACGACCUGCAGAGCGACUCGCUGUACAAGUCAGACUUGGAAUGGAUCCGAGGGUGUGGAUGGAUUCCCACCGAAUCCCUGGAUGUAAAGAAGGUUCAAAGAGCAGGGAACAUCCUGAGCGAGAAGAAAUACCGGCAACACCCAGACACCGUAGGCUUCACCAGUGUGACUGACUCGCCCGUCAUGCAGCAGUGCAAGCUCAACGCCGACCAGAUCAACGACCGUGCGUACAGGAAAGCAUGGGAGGAUUCAAAGACUGAAAUAAGUAUGAUGCCCGAUACGCCGCAGCUGUUACAGGCCAAAGCCAACGCGUACAACCUCAGUGAUGUUUGCUACAAAAAAGGACUGGAGGAGCAGCGUGCUCUAGGCUGUGACGUGCGAGCAGACGCCAUCCCCAUCCGAGCGGCCAAGGCCUGCAGGGCGAUCGCCAGUGACGUCAAGUACAAGGAGGCUUUUGAGAAGGCAAAGGGACACCACGUGGGCUUCCAAAGCCUGGAAGACGAUCCCAAGCUGGUCCACUCCAUGCGCGUUGCUAAAAUGCAAAGUGAUCGUGCGUACAAGAAGAAUUUUGAAAAGAGUAAGACAAACUACCACAUGCCUUUGGACAUGCUGAACCUCGUCAUGGCCAAGAAGUGCCAGGACAUGGUCAGUGACACCAACUACAGGCAGAGGCUGCACGACUGGACGUGUCUGCCGGACCAGACCAGCGUCGCCCACGCCAAGAUGGCCAACGAGCUGCAAAGCGAUACUCUCUACAAGGCAGACCUUGAUUGGAUCCGGGGAUGUGGCUGGAUUUCGGUUGGGUCCUUGGACAAUGUGAAGGUUCAGAGAGCAGGAGACAUCCUGAGUGAGAAGAAAUACCGGCAGCAUCCAGAUACUGUAGGCUUCACCAGCAUCAGCGAUUCGCCCGAUAUGCUCCAAGCUAAAGUCAAUGCCGAACAGCUGAGCGAUUUGGUGUACAGGGCUGAUGGUGAGGAGGCCAAACACUCGUACACGCUGCCUCCAGAUGCACCGCAGCUGCUACAGGCACGCGUCAAUGCCUAUAACUCCAGCGACGUUUGCUACAAGAUGGCCUGGGAGAAGACCAAGGACAAGGAUUUUGAGCUUCCACUGGAUGCGCUGUCCAUCACAGCCGCCAAACACUCCGUCAACAUCAUGAGUGACCGCAAGUACAAGAAGGAGUAUGAGGCAGACAAGGGCAAGCAUAUUGGGGCCCAGAGCCUGCAGGACGACCCCAAGAUGGUUCACUCAAUGCGUGUGGCCAAGAUGCAAAGUGAGCGCGAGUACAAGAAGGGUUAUGAGAAGGGCAAGACCAGCUACCACACGCCACUGGACAUGCUGCAGGUCGUGGAGGCCAAGAAGGCCCAGGCCAUGGCCAGCAACGUGGACUACAAGACUCGGCUGCACAGCUACGUGCUGCCACCCGACUACAUGACGGGACAGCACGCCCGCAAGGCCUACGACCUGCAGAGCGACUCGCUGUACAAGUCAGACUUGGAAUGGAUCCGAGGGUGUGGAUGGAUUCCCACCGAAUCCCUGGAUGUAAAGAAGGUUCAAAGAGCAGGGGACAUCCUCAGCGAGAAGAAAUACCGGCAGCACCCGGACACCGUAGGCUUCACCAGUGUGACCGACUCGCCCGUCAUGCAGCAGUGCAAGCUCAACGCCAACCAGACAAACGACCGCUUGUACAAGGAAGCCUGGGAGCAGGACAAGGUCAGCAUUCACGUCAUGCCUGACACUCCACAACUGCUGCAGGCCAAGGUCAACACCUACAACCUGAGCGAUAUAUACUACAAGCAUGACCUGGAGCAGAUGAGAGCAGAUGGAUAUGACCUGAGGCUGGAUGCCAUCUCCAUUAAAGCUGCAAAGGCCUCCAGGAACAUCGCCAGUGAUGUCAAGUACAAGGAGGCAUUUGAGAAGGCAAAGGGACACCACGUGGGCUUCCAAAGCCUGGAAGACGAUCCCAAGCUGGUCCACUCCAUACGUGUUGCCAAAAUGCAAAGUGAUCGUGCGUACAAGAAGGAUUUUGAAAAGAGUAAGACAAACUACCACAUGCCUUUGGACAUGCUGAACCUCGUCAUGGCCAAGAAGUGCCAGGACAUGGUCAGUGACACCAACUACAGGCAGAGGCUGCACGACUGGACGUGUCUGCCGGACCAGACCAGCGUCGCCCACGCCAAGAUGGCCAACGAGCUGCAGAGCGAUACGCUGUACAAGUCAGACUUGGAUUGGAUCCGGGGGUGUGGCUGGACUCCGGUUGGGUCCCUGGACAAUGUGAAGGUUCAGAAAGCAGGAGACAUCCUGAGCGAGAGGAAAUACCGGCAGCACCCAGAUACUGUAGGAUUCACGAGCAUCAGUGACUCGCCCGUCAUGCAGCAAUACAAGCUCAACGCCGACCAGAUCAAUAACCGCUUGUACAAGGAAGCCUGGGAGCAUGACAAGAUCAGCAUUCACGUCAUGCCCGACACUCCAGGGCUGCUGCAGGCCAAGGUCAACUCCUACAACCUGAGCGAUGUUUGCUACAAAAAAGGACUGGAGGAGCAGCGUGCUCUAGGCUGUGACGUGCGAGCAGACGCCAUCCCCAUCCGAGCGGCCAAGGCCUGCAGGGCGAUCGCCAGUGACGUCAAGUACAAGGAGGCUUUUGAGAAGGCAAAGGGACACCACGUGGGCUUCCAAAGCCUGGAAGACGAUCCCAAGCUGGUCCACUCCAUGCGAGUUGCUAAAAUGCAAAGCGAUCGUGCGUACAAGAAGGAUUUUGAAAAGAGUAAGACAAACUACCACAUGCCUUUGGACAUGCUGAACCUCGUCAUGGCCAAGAAGUGCCAGGACAUGGUCAGUGACACCAACUACAGGCAGAGGCUGCACGACUGGACGUGUCUGCCGGACCAGACCAGCGUCGCCCACGCCAAGAUGGCCAACGAGCUGCAGAGCGAUACACUGUACAAGGCAGACCUGGAUUGGAUCCGGGGAUGUGGCUGGAUCCCGGUUGGGUCCCUGGACAAUGUGAAGGCUCAGAGAGCAGGAGACAUCCUGAGCGAGAGGAAAUACCGGCAGCAUCCAGACACCAUAGGCUUCACCAGCAUCACCGACUCUCCCGUCAUGCAGCAGUGCAAGAUCAAUGCCGACCAGAUCAACAACCGCUUGUACAAGGAAGCCUGGGAGCAGGACAAGAUCAGCAUUCAUGUCAUGCCCGACACUCCAGACAUGUUGCAGGCCAAGGUCAACUCCUACAACCUGAGCGAUAAAUACUACAAGCACAGUCUGGAACAGAUGAGAUCCGAUGGAUAUGACUUAAGGUUGGAUGCCAUCUCAAUCAAAGCUGCAAAAGCAUCCAGGAGUAUCGCCAGUGACUACAUAUACAAGGAGGCUUACCGCAAGCAGAAGGGACACCACGUGGGCUUCCGAAGCCUGGAAGACGAUCCCAAGCUGGUCCACUCCAUACGCGUUGCCAAAAUGCAGAGUGACCGUGAAUACAAGAAGGAUUUUGAAAAGAGUAAGACAAACUACCACAUGCCUUUGGACAUGCUGAACCUCGUCAUGGCCAAGAAGUGCCAGGACAUGGUCAGUGACACCAACUACAGGCAGAGGCUGCACGACUGGACGUGUCUGGCGGACCAGACCAGCGUCGCCCACGCCAAGAUGGCCAACGAGCUACAGAGCGAUACUCUGUACAAGGCAGACCUGGAUUGGAUCCGGGGGUGUGGCUGGAUUCCGGUUGGGUCCCUGGACAAUGUGAAGGCUCAGAGAGCAGGAGACAUCCUGAGCGAGAGGAAAUACCGGCAGCACCCAGAGACCGUAGGCUUCACCAGCAUCACCAACUCACCUUUCAUGCAACAGUGCAAGCUCAACGCCGACCAGAUCAACGACCGCUUGUACAAGGAAGCCUGGGAGCAGGACAAGGUCAGCAUUCACGUCAUGCCCGACACGCCACAGCUGCUGCAGGCCAAGGUCAACACCUACAACCUGAGCGAUAAAUACUACAAGCAGGGUCUGGAGCAGAUGAAAGCGGAUGGAUAUGACCUGAGGUUGGACGCCAUUUCUAUUAAAGCUGCAAAAGCCUCAAGGAACAUCGCCAGCGAUGUCAAGUACAAGGAGGCUUUUGAGAAGGCUAAGGGACACCACGUGGGCUUCCAAAGCCUGGAAGACGAUCCCAAGCUGGUCCACUCCAUGCGCGUUGCCAAAAUGCAAAGCGAUCGUGCGUACAAGAAGGAUUUUGAAAAGAGUAAGACAAACUACCACAUGCCUUUGGACAUGCUGAACCUCGUCAUGGCCAAGAAGUGCCAGGACAUGGUCAGUGACACCAACUACAGGCAGAGGCUGCACGACUGGACGUGUCUGCCGGACCAGACCAGCGUCACCCACGCCAAGAUGGCCAACGAGCUUCAGAGCGAUACUCUGUACAAGGCAGACCUGGAUUGGAUCCGGGGAUGUGGCUGGAUUCCGGUUGGGUCCCUGGACAAUGUGAAGGCUCAGAGAGCAGGAGACAUCCUGAGCGAGAGGAAAUACCGGCAGCACCCAGAGACCGUAGGCUUCACCAGCAUCACCAACUCACCUUUCAUGCAGCAGUGCAAGCUCAACGCCGACCAGAUCAACGACCGCUUGUACAAGGAAGCCUGGGAGCAGGACAAGGUCAGCAUUCACGUCAUGCCUGACACGCCACAGCUGUUGCAGGCCAGGGUCAACACCUACAACCUGAGCGAUAAAUCCUACAAGCAAGGUCUGGAGCAGAUGAGAGCAGAUGGAUAUGACCUCAAGUUGGACGCCAUCUCCAUUAAAACUGCAAAAGCCUCCAGGAAUAUCGCCAGUGAUUACAUAUACAAGGAGGCUUACCGCAAGCAGAAGGGACACCACGUGGGCUUCCGAAGCCUGGAAGACGAUCCCAAGCUGGUCCACUCCAUACGCGUUGCCAAAAUGCAGAGCGACCGUGAAUACAAGAGGGAUUUUGAAAAGAGUAAGACAAACUACCACAUGCCUUUGGACAUGCUGAACCUCGUCAUGGCCAAGAAGUGCCAGGACAUGGUCAGUGACACCAACUACAGGCAGAGGCUACACGACUGGACGUGUCUGGCGGACCAGACCAGCGUCGCCCACGCCAAGAUGGCCAACGAGCUGCAGAGCGAUACUCUGUACAAGGCAGACCUGGAUUGGAUCCGGGGAUGUGGCUGGAUUCCGGUUGGGUCCCUGGACAAUGUGAAGGCUCAGAGAGCAGGAGACAUCCUGAGCGAGAGGAAAUACCGGCAGCACCCAGAGACCGUAGGCUUCACCAGCAUCACCAACUCGCCUUUCAUGCAGCAGUGCAAGCUCAACGCUGACCAGAUCAACGACCGCUUGUACAAGGAAGCCUGGGAGCAUGACAAGGUCAGCAUUCACGUCAUGCCCGACACUCCAGGGUUGCUGCAGGCCAAGGUCAACUCCUACAACCUGAGCGAUAAAUACUACAAGCAGGGUCUGGAGCAGAUGAGAUCCGAUGGAUAUGACUUAAGGUUGGAUGCCAUCUCAAUCAAAGCUGCAAAAGCAUCCAGGAGUAUCGCCAGUGACUACAUAUACAAGGAGGCUUACCGCAAGCAGAAGGGACACCACGUGGGCUUCCGAAGCCUGGAAGACGAUCCCAAGCUGGUCCACUCCAUACGCGUUGCCAAAAUGCAGAGUGACCGUGAAUACAAGAGGGAUUUUGAAAAGAGUAAGACAAACUACCACAUGCCUUUGGACAUGCUGAACCUCGUCAUGGCCAAGAAGUGCCAGGACAUGGUCAGUGACACCAACUACAGGCAGAGGCUGCACGACUGGACGUGUCUGCCGGACCAGACCAGCGUCGCCCACGCCAAGAUGGCCAACGAGCUGCAGAGCGAUACUCUGUACAAGGCAGACCUGGAUUGGCUUCGAGGAUGUGGGUGGAUUCCAGUUGGGUCCCUGGACAAUGUGAAGGCUCAGAGAGCAGGAGACAUCCUGAGCGAGAGGAAAUACCGGCAGCACCCAGAGAACGUAGGCUUCACCAGCAUCACCAACUCGCCUUUCAUGCAGCAGUGCAAGCUCAACGCCGACCAGAUCAACGACCGCUUGUACAAGAAAGCCUGGGAGCAGGACAAGAUCAGCAUUCACGUCAUGCCCGACACUCCAGGGCUGCUGCAGGCCAAGGUCAACACCUACAACCUGAGCGAUAAAUACUACAAGCAGGGUUUGCAGCAGAUGAGAGCCGAUGGAUAUGACCUGGGAUUGGAGGCCAUCUCUAUCAAAGCUGCAAAAGCAUCCAUGAACAUCGCCAGUGAUGUCAAGUACAAGGAGGCCUUCGAGAAGGCAAAGGGACACCACGUGGGCUUCCAAAGCCUGGAAGACGAUCCCAAGCUGGUCCACUCCAUACGCGUUGCCAAAAUGCAAAGCGAUCGUGCGUACAAGAAGGAUUUUGAAAAGAGUAAGACAAACUACCAUAUGCCUUUGGACAUGAUGAACCUCGUCAUGGCCAAGAAGUGCCAGGACAUGGUCAGUGACACCAACUACAGGCAGAGGCUACACGACUGGACGUGUCUGCCGGACCAGACCAGCGUCACCCACGCCAAGAUGGCCAACGAGCUGCAGAGCGAUACGCUGUACAAGGCAGAUUUGGAUUGGAUCCGGGGGUGUGGCUGGACUCCGGUUGGGUCCCUGGACAAUGUGAAGGCUCAGAGAGCAGGAGACAUCCUGAGCGAGAGGAAAUACCGGCAGCACCCAGAGACCGUAGGCUUCACCAGCAUCACCAACUCACCUUUCAUGCAACAGUGCAAGCUCAACGCCGACCAGAUCAACGACCGCUUGUACAAGGAAGCCUGGGAGCAGGACAAGGUCAGCAUUCACGUCAUGCCCGACACUCCACAGCUGCUGCAGGCCAAGGUCAACACCUACAACCUGAGCGAUAAAUCCUACAAGCAGGAUCUGGUGCAGAUGAGAGCAGAUGGGUAUGACCUGGGGUUGGAGGCAAUCUCCGUUAAAGCUGCAAAAGCCUCCAGGAACAUCGCCAGUGAUUACCUAUACACGGAGGCUUACCGUAAGGAAAAGGGACAUCACUUUGGAUUCCAAAGCCUGGAAGACGAUCCCAAGCUAGUCCACUCUAUGCGCGUUGCUAAAAUGCAGAGCGAUCGUGAAUACAAGAAGCAUUUUGAAAAGAGUAAGACAAACUACCACAUGCCUUUGGACAUGCUGAACCUCGUCAUGGCCAAGAAGUGCCAAGACAUGGUCAGUGACACCAACUACAGGCAGAGGCUGCACGACUGGACGUGUCUGCCGGACCAGACCAGCGUCGCCCACGCCAAGAUGGCCAACGAGCUGCAGAGCGAUACUCUGUACAAGGCAGACCUGGAUUGGCUCCGGGGAUGUGGCUGGAUUCCGGUUGGGUCCCUGGACAAUGUGAAGGCUCAGAGAGCAGGAGACAUCCUGAGCGAGAGGAAAUACCGGCAGCACCCAGAGACCGUAGGCUUCACCAGCAUCACCAACUCACCUUUCAUGCAACAGUGCAAGCUCAACGCCGACCAGAUCAACGACCGCUUGUACAAGAAGGCCUGGGAGCAGGACAAGGUCAGCAUUCACGUCAUGCCCGACACUCCACAACUGCUGCAGGCCAAGGUCAACACCUACAACCUGAGCGAUAAAUGCUACAGGAAAGGCCUGGAUAAAAUGAGAGCGGAUGGAUACGACCUCAAGUCGGACGCCAUCUCCAUUAAAGCAGCAAAGGCCUCCAGGGACAUCGCUAGCGACUAUAUCUACAAGGAGGCUUACCGCAAGGACAAAGGACACCAUUUUGGGUUCCGAAGCCUGGAAGACGACCCCAAGUUGGUACACUCCAUACGCGUUGCUAAAAUGCAAAGUGAACGUGAAUACAGAAAGGAUUUUGAAAACAUUAAAAACAGUAACCACAUUCCUUUGGACAUGCUGAACCUCGUCAUGGCCAAAAAGUGCCAGGACAUCCUCAGUGAUGUCAACUACAGGCAGAGGCUGCACGACUGGACGUGUCUGCCGGACCAGACCAGCAUUGCCCAUGCCAAGAUGGCCAACGAGCUGCAGAGUGAUGCCCUGUACAAGGCAGACCUGGAGUGGCUGCGGGGAUGUGGCUGGAUUGCCAAUGAAUCUCUGGAUAUGAAGAAGUCUCAGAGAGCAGCAGAGAUUCUGAGUGACAAAAAAUACCGGCAGCAUCCAGCCACCCUAAGCUUCACCAGUGUGAAUGACUCGCCUUUCUUGCUGCAGUGCAAGCUCAAUGCCGACCAGAUCAACGAUCGUUUGUACAGGGAAACAUGGGAGCAGGACAAGAUCAGAAUUCACGUCAUGCCUGACACGCCACAGAUGCUGCAGGCCAAAGUCAACACCUACAACCUGAGUGAUAAAUCCUACAGGAAGGGCCUGGAACAAAUGAGAGCAGACGGCUAUGACUUGGGGUCAGAGGCUAUCUCUGUGAAAGCUGCAAAGGCUUCCAGAAUUAUCGCCAGUGAUUACAUAUACAAGCAGGCUUAUGAGCAUGACAAGGGCCAGCUCUGUGGGAUUCGCAGCCUGGAUGAUGACCUCAGGAUGGUCAAUGCCUUGCGAGUUGGCAAACUGCAGAGUGACCUUGAAUACAAGAAAGAUUUAGUGGAAAGUAAAUCCAACUUGCACAUUCCUACGGACAUGCUGAACCUCGUCGUGGCCAAGAAGUGCCAGGACAUGCUCAGUGACACCACCUACAGGCAGAGGCUGCACGACUGGACGUGUCUGCCGGACCAGACCAGCGUGGCCCAUGCCAAGAUGGCCACUGAGCUGCAGAGCGAUACGCUGUACAAGGCAGACCUGGAUUGGAUCCGGGGAUGUGGCUGGAUUUCAGUUGGGUCCCUGGACAAUGUGAAGGCUCAGAGAGCAGGAGACAUCCUGAGCGAGAGGAAAUACCGGCAGCACCCAGAGACCGUAGGCUUCACCAGCAUCACCAACUCGCCUUUCAUGCAACAGUGCAAGCUCAAUGCCGACCAGAUCAACGAUCGCUUGUAUAAGAAAGCCUGGGAGCAGGACAAGAUCAGCAUUCACGUCAUGCCUGACACUCCACAGCUGCUGCAGGCCAAGGUCAACUCCUACAACCUGAGCGAUAAAUCCUACAAGCAGGGUUUGGAGCAGAUGAGAGCGGAUGGGUAUGACCUGGGGUUGGAAGCCAUCUCCAUUAAAGCUGCAAAGGCCUCCAGGAACAUCGCCAGUGACGUCAAUUACAAAGAAGCAUAUGAGAAAGAAAAAGGGCAUUACAUUGGCUUCCAGUACUUGGAUGAUGAUAUCAAAAUGCUUCACUCGACACGAGUUGGUAAAUUGCUGAGCAAUCUUGAAUAUAAGAAAGAUUUUGAUGAAAGUAAAGGGAAGUUUCACAUUCCUACGGACAUGAUGAAUGUUGUCAUGGCCAAGAAGUGCCAGGAUAUCCUCAGUGACGUCAACUACAGGCAGAAGCUGCACGACUGGACGUGUCUGCCGGACCAGACCAGUAUCGCCCACGCCAAGAUGGCCAACGAGCUGCAGAGCGAUGCCCUGUACAAGGCAGACCUGGAGUGGCUGCGGGGUUGUGGAUGGAUUGCCAAUGGCUCAUUGGAUAUGAAGAAGGCUCAGAGAGCAGCAGAGAUUCUGAGUGACAAAAAAUAUCGGCAGCAUCCAGCCACCCUAAGCUUCACCAGUGUGAAUGACUCGCCAUUCUUGCUGCAGUGCAAGCUUAACGCCGACCAGAUUAACGACCGCUUGUACAAGGAAGCCUGGGAGCAGGACAAGGUCAGCAUUCACGUCAUGCCCGACACUCCACAACUGUUGCAGGCCAAGGUCAACACCUACAACCUGAGCGAUAAAAGCUACCGUAAGGAUUGGGAGGAAUCCCGAGCCCUGGGUCAUGACGUGCGCUUUGAUGCCAUCCCCAUACGAAGUGCCAUGGCCUCCCGCGACAUCUGCAGCGACUACAAGUACAAGGAGAACUAUGAGAAGGAGAAGGGCCAGCACCUUGGGAUUGCCAGCCUGAAGGAUGAUCUCAGGAUGGUCAACGCCUUCCGAGCUGGCAAACUGCAGAGCGAUCUCGAGUACAAGAAGAAUUUUGAUGAUAAUAAAUCCAAAUUCCACAUUCCUACGGACAUGAUGAAUGUUGUCAUGGCAAAGAAGUGCCAGGACAUCCUCAGUGACGUCAACUACAGGCAGAGGCUGCACGACUGGACGUGUCUGCCGGACCAGACCAGUGUCGCCCACGCCAAGAUGGCCAAUGAGCUGCAGAGCGAUGCCCUGUACAAGGCUGACCUGGAGUGGCUGCGGGGUUGUGGGUGGAUUGCCAAUGACUCUGUGGAUCUGAAGAAGGCUCAGAGGGCAGCAGAGAUCUUGAGCGAGAGGAAAUACCGGCAGCACCCGUGCAGCGUUGGCUUCACGAGCGUCACCAACUCGCCCGGCUUGCUGCAGGCCAAAAUAAGCGCAGCGCUCAUGAACAAUAGGCUGUACACCGAGCAGUGGAACAAAGACAAGGGAGUCAUUCACCUCAUGCCAGAUGCACCCCUGUUCAUACUCGCCAAGAACAAUUCCUACAAUAUCAAUCAGAGGAAUUACACGCGGCAGUGGGAGGAGAUGAAGCGAGAGGGAAACCACAUGAAGCCCGAUGCCAUUCCGGUGCAGGCCGCCAAGGCGGCUCACCUGCUCAUCAGCGGAAUCAAGUACAAGGAGGCCUAUGAGAAGGAGAAGGGCCAGCACCUUGGGAUUGCCAGCCUGAAGGAUGAUCUCAGGAUGGUCAACGCCUUCCGAGCUGGCAAAUUGCAGAGUGAACUCGAGUACAAGAAGGAUUUUGAUGAUAAUAAAUCAAAAUUCCACAUUCCUAUGGAUAUGAUGAAUGUUGUCAUGGCCAAGAAGUGCCAGGACAUCCUCAGUGACGUCAACUACAGGCAGAGGCUGCACGACUGGACGUGUCUGCCGGACCAGACCAGCAUCGCCCAUGCCAAGAUGGCCAACGAGCUGCAGAGUGACGCCCUGUACAAGGCUGAUCUGGAGUGGCUGCGGGGCUGUGGAUGGAUUGCCAAUGACUCAUUGGAAGUAAAGAAGGCUCAGAGAGCAGGAGAGAUCCUGAGUGACAAAAAAUACCGGCAGCCUCCAGCCACAAUAAGGUUCACCAGCGUGACCGACGCACCUUUCAUGCUGCAGUGCAAGGUCAACGCCGACCAGAUCAACAGCAGACUCUACAGGAAACUUUGGGAUGCUGACAAGACCCAGAUCCACGUCAUGCCUGACACCCCCGAGCUUCUGCAGGCCAAAGUGAACACCGUCAACUUGAGUGAUAAACACUACCGCGGCGCAUGGAGGGAGUCUCGAGCACAGGGCUACGACAUGCGCAUCGAUGCGAUGCCACUGCAGUUGGCGCGCAAGUCACAUGACAUCAUCAGUGACUACAAGUACAAGGAGUCCCACGAGAAGGGCAAGGGCCAGCUGAUCGGCUUCCGGCGCCUCCAAGACGACCCGCGUCUGGUUCACAGCGCGCGCACCGCCAUCAUGCUCAACGCCCGCCUGUACCGGCAGAAAUUCGAGGACAACAAGACCAAAUGUGUGACUCCAGCCGACGCUCUGAGCGUGCUGCAGGCGAAGAAGUGCCAGCACCAGCUCUCAGACAUCCCCUACCGCACCUACCUGCGGCACUGGACGUGCCUGCCGCACCAAGGACCUUUGCUACACGCCAAGCACGCUCAGGACCUGCUGAGUGACAACCUGUACAAGGAGGAUCUCCUGUGGAUGCGAGGGCUGGGCUGCUCGGUGUGGGACACCCCUGAGAACCUGCGAGCGAAGGAGGCCUACAAUCACCGUAGUGACAUAAAGUACCAGGCCGAGGCCAAGGUGGGGCAGCUGAAGUUCACGGUGGUCACCGACACCCCAGGCUACCUGACGGCGCUCACCAGUGCACAGCAGCUAAGCGAUAUCAAGUACAAGGCCCAGUACAAGGCAGCACGCGGUGUUUAUACCCCAGUCCUGGACUCUGUGGACAACCUCCGCGUGGCUAAUGCUCAGAAGCUCUUCAGCAACAACCUCUACAAAGAAGCAUGGCAACGAGUGAAGGCCAAGGGCUUCUCCCUCCCAGUAGACACUGUACACCUGCAGAAUGCUCGUCACCAGCAAAGCCUGUACAGCCCGAGGAAGUACCGUGCGGAGUACGAGCAGAUGAAGGCCCACUUCACCCAGCCGAAGCUCCUGAAGGAAGAUCCCCGUGCCUUGCACGCCCUCCACGCUGGAAACAUCCUCAGUAAUUUGCUGUACACGGCGGCCUACAACAAAGCCAAAGGAGCGCUGCACCUGGCCCCCGACAUGAUGGAGGUGGUGGUGGCCAAGCGCGCGCAGGACCUGGCGAGCGGCCAAGGCUACCGCUCGCUCCGCCGCUCCUGGAUCUGCCUGCCGGACAUGCAGCAGCUGGAGCACGCGCGGCACGCACAGGAGCUCUACAGUGACGUGGCCUACAAAGACGACCUGAAGUGGUCGCGUGGCAUCGGCUGCUUCGUGUGGGACACACCCAGCAUCCUGCAGGCCAAGCAGAGCCGCGACCAGUGCAGCGACGUGCGAUACCGUGCUCAGGCCGAAGCCGCUCGCAGUGCAUUCACGCCCGUGCUGGACACGCCUGGGUAUCUGCAGGCCCAGACCGUGCGGGGCUACAGCGACAACAAGUACAAGAGGCACUACCUGAGUGAGGUGCGGGGGAGACCGGUGCAGGGAGCCAAGCGACUCGACAUCGCCCACGCCGUGGCCACUGCUCGCCUGAGGAACGAUCGUUGGUACCAGCAAGGCCUUAAGCUGCUGCCCACAAGCUACCAUCUCCCCGUUGACACGAUAGCACUGGCCACUGCCAAGGCAGCGCAUGGACUGACAAGCAAUAUGCUGUACCGGGACAACUACGAGAAGGGCAAGGCUGCUGGCUAUCGACUGCCCCACGAUGCAGUUGGGUUCCGUACUGCCCUGCACGUAGGCCUCCUGCAGAACCAGCGACUCUACCGUGUGGCCUAUGAGAACGGAAAAGCGAACAUCCACCUGGGCAAGGACCUACCCGAGAUCACACACGUGCGCGCCGUACAGAAAGCCAUCAGCCGUCUGGACUACCGUGCUGCCUAUGAGCUGACCAGGGGCCGACCGAUGACCCUGGCUUGGACCCCUGAGCUGCUGCACUGCCGCUUAGUGGGAGAGCAGCUCAGUGACGUGAAGUAUAAGGAAGACCUGCAUUGUAUGCAGGGGACUGGGUGCUACCUCUUCAACAGCCCUGCCUUCACGCUGGCUCGCGAGGCCAAGCGCUAUGGGAGCGCCUACACAAAGGGUGCGAAGGUGCUGCUGGGCAAUCCCAAGGUGGUGCUGGACACCCCGGAGUAUCUGCGUCUCCAGCAGAAUAAGGAGCACACGAGCGACCUGGUGUACCGUGCAACGGGAAACGUCCUCAAGUCCCGCUACACGCCCGUGCUGGACACCCCCGUGCUGCUCCGUGCCAAGUACGCCCAGGAGCUGCAGAGUCAGUCCCUGUACACGGACGACGCCAAGAGGAAUGUGCUGCACUCCUACAAGAUGCACGCUGACACUCCUGCCCUGCUGCACGCCAAGGCCGCCAGCCAGCUCAUCAAUGGACGACGGUACCGUGCUGAGUACGAGCAGCUGAAGCAGAAGUUUGUGUCGCGACUGGACUCGCCCGCGAUCCUCACCGCCAAGCGAGCACACCACCUGGCCAGCGACCUGCGCUACAAGGAGGCGUUCGAGAAGGACAAGGGACGUUACAACAUGCGGGAAGACGCGUGCGAACUGCGCCACCACCGGCUCGUAACCGACCGCAUCAGCGACGUGAAAUACAAGGAGAAUUACGUCCAGGGAGGAGGCGUGUGGAGCCACCUGCCCUUCCUACCGGAGCUGAUACACCAUAAGGACGUCACCGAAGCCAUCAGCGACGUGAGGUACAAGGAGGAUGUUGGGUACCUGCGCGGCAUCGGCUGCAACAUGUGGGGCAACCCGGACAUGGUGAUGGCGAAGAGGAACCAGCAGCUCUAUAGCGCCGCUGUCUACCACAAGGAUUGGGACCUCAACCGCGGAAAGUUCUCCUUCACGGCCGACACGCCUGUCCUCCAGACUGCCAAGAUGGCCGCCGUGCUCAUAAGCCAGCUGAAGUACAAGGCGAAGUAUGAAAAGAUGAAGAGCAAGUUCACACCUGUGCUGGAGGAGCCCAGGAAUUUGCACGCCAAGGCUAUGCAAGUGCAGCAGAGCCCGUGGAUGUACAAGAAAGACUUUGAGAAGAUGAAGACUAAGUUCACUCUCCUGGUUGACAUGCCAUCCAUCAAGCAAGCUAAGGCAGCCGCCAAGCUGAUCAGCGACAUCGUCUACAAGGAAAAGCACAAUAAGACAAAGCACAUCGGCUUCACGCCCUUACAAGACUCGCCCUUCCUCCGCCACGUGAAGAAAGCCGACGCUCACACCAGCUAUUGGAAGUACCGGGACGAGUAUGACCGCAAGAAGGACACGUACACUCUGCCUCCCGAUGCCGUGCCACUGUGCACCGCCAAGCAGGCCUACGCCAUCAGUCUGGACCGGCCGUACCGAGCUCAGUAUGAGAAGACGAAGGCUCGGUGGGUGGAGGUCCCUGACCGACCAGACAUGGUGUCUGCGAUGCGCGCGACCGUGCAGCUGAGUGAUGCGGAGUACCGGCAGGACCGGGAGAUGCUCAAAGGCUGCAAGUUCUCUGUGACCAAUGACAAGCUGAUGGUUUUGGCUAAGCAGGGCCAAGACCUGGCCAGCGGUAUUAAAUACCACGAGCAGUUCCAGCAGAUGAAGGACAAAUUCACGCCAGUGGCAGACAGCCCCGUGCUCAACAACGUCAAGAACGCCAGCAACCUCGCCUCCGAGGUCAAGUACAAGGAGGCGGGAAAGAAGGUGCUGCCCAAGCCGGCAUUCUCCAAGAUCCCUCAGACCCCGCAGACGGCCCUUGUCAAGAAGCUCUCCAAGCUGCAGAGUGGGAAGUGCUACCGGCAGAAGCACGAUCAGGAAAGAGGGAAGUCCGAUUACGCCAGCAUGGAGCACCCGCCCGACGUGCAGCACGCCAUGGACGUGAACAAGAAGCAGAGCUCGGUGGCCUAUAAGAAGGCCGCCAGGGCCAGUCUCAACUACACGCAAGUGGCCGAUCGUCCCGACAUCCUCAAGGCCCAGCAGGCUGCCAAGCUCAUUAGCAAUAUCGAAUACCGGGCCAAGGCCAAGGAAGAGGCCGCGGGGUUGAUCACUGGGAUGGCAACUCGGCCAGACAUUGACCACGCCACAGGGGUGUCUCACCUGGUGUCGCAGGUGGAGUACACGAAGCAGAAGCCUCGCGGCCAUGGCGCCGCCUCCUACGACACACCACUCAUGCGCCAACUUAAGAAGGCCAGCAACCUCAUCAGCCACACAAAGUACAAGGAAAAGUUUGACAAGGAGGUGAAGGGGAAGAAGCCACACUUUAAGGCAGACGAGUCGACCACCUACAAAGCGAACAAGCAAGCCACUGCCCUGGCGAGCGAGGUGAAGUACAAGGAGGACCUGAAGAAGAUGCAUACUCCCGGUGUGGGUCUGGCCUCCUCGCUGCUCAUGCAGCACAUUACCUCCACCAGCAAACUCAGCAGUGAGAAUGUGUAUAAGAAGGAGUUUGAGAAGAGUCGUGGAAAGUACCUGCAUGUGGUGGAUGGGCCUCAGCAAGUCCAUCACCGUGAGGUCACAGACAUGCAGAGCGAGUCCAAGUACAAGCAGGACUAUGAGAAGUCGAAAGGAAAGCCCAUGCUGGACUUCGAGACGCCCACCUUCAUCACGGCACGCGAAUCCCAGCUGAUGCAGCGAGAGAAAGUCUACCGGAGGGAUUUUGAGGAGGGAAUGAAGGGACGGAAUCUGAACGUUCUGGAGACGACGCCCGCAUACCUGUGUGUGAAGCACGCCUCCAGCAUCCUCAGCGAGAGAGAGUACAAAAAGGACCUGGAGAGGGUGAUCAAGGGGAAGGGAAUGACUGUCCAGGACAUGAACACCCCCGACUUGCAGCGGGCAAAGAAUGCCACGUCUAUCCUCAGCCAGACCAAAUACAAGGAGAUGGCAGGCAAGGAGCUCGGCGUUUACAUCUCGGUGGUCGACUCUCCCGACAUCGUGCACGCGCGUCACGUGAAGGACAUCACGAGCUCGAUCAAGUACAAGGCGGAUGCGGUGAGGGAGCGGGGUCACUUCGUGUCUGUGCUGGACACACCCCAGUUCAACACCGUCAAGGAGAAUCAAAAGAACUUCAGUGAGAUCCAGUACCGGGACCCGAUGGCAAGUGGCACAUGUGCCACCGACACACCCGAGCUGCGGCACGCCAAGCAAGCACAGCACAUCAUCAGCACGGUGAAAUACAAGGAUUAUCCCGGGAAGGCUACGCCUGUGCCCUUCACGCCGGAGGUGGAGCGCGUCCGCAGAAACCAAGAGCAUGUGUCUGACGUGAAGUAUAGGGAGCAGCUGGGGAGAGGGACGGCUAUGAUGCUCACCCCGGAGAUGGAGCGGGUCCGCAGAAACCAGGCCAACGUGUCUGACGUGAGGUACAAGGAGCAGUUGGGGAGGGGCACGGCUGUGAUGUUCACCCCGGAGAUGGAGCGCGUCCGCAGAAGCCAGGCCAACGUGUCCGACAUCAAGUACAAGGAGCAGCUGGGGAGGGGCACGGCUGUGAUGUUCACCCCAGAGAUGGAGCGCGUCCGCACAAACCAGGUCAACGUGUCCGACGUGAAAUACAAGGAAGCAAUGCGGAGGUGCAUGGCCAUAUCUCUCACCCCGGAGAUGGAGCGCCUCCACCACAACCGGGCCAAUGUGUCCGUGGUCCAAUACAAAGAGCGGCUUGGGAAGUACACGCCCGUAAAUAUACCUUCUGACCUGGAGCGCCUACGAGAGACCGAGAGACACAUGAACGCGGCUCAUUAUAAGGACCUGGGCCGAUGGGAUCAGCAGGGCCGCUCCAUGUGUCUGCUGGACACGCCUGAGAUGCGACGCGUGCGUCAAAACCAGCGGGACAUCUCCAUGGUUAAAUACCACGCAGACUUCGAGCGCAGCAAAGCGCGUGGCUUCACGCCAGUGACGGACGACCCCAUCACGGAGCGCGUGCGCAAGAAUACGCAGGAUGUGAGCGACAUCACCUACAAGGGAAUCACACGGCGUGUCGUGGAGAUGGAGAGCACCUCAGCUGAGCAGGGUGGCACCACAGACUUGCGUGUUUGGCGAACGAACCCUGGCUCCAUUUUUGACUACGACCCUGCGGAGGACAACAUCCAGUCACGGAGCCUGCGCGUCGUCAGCGUUCAAGCGAAGCGGUGUGGCCGGGAGUACCCACGCUCCCUCAGUGCCCUGAGCACGAGCACGGGCGAUGAAAAGUCGGAGAUGUCGGGCCCCACGCGCACAGCCUCGUUCUGCAGCAACACGUACUCCAGCCAGCCGGCGGUGCAAUUCCAAGUUUCUCAGCAGGUACAAACCGGCCACUCAGAGGGCACCCAGGAUCAGAGUGGCCAUGCCGUGGGCAGCAGGGUGCAAACUGGCUACUCAGUGGGCACUCAAGGUCAAAGUAGCCACUCGGUGGGCAGCAGGGUGCAAACUCACUACUCAGUCGGUACCCAGGGUCAGAGUGGACAUUCCGCGGGUACCAAAGCACAAACUGGCUAUUCAGCGGGCUCCCAGGGUCAGAGCGGGUACUCUGCAGGCACCAGAAUGCAAACUAGCGACAUCGUGGGGAGACAAGGUCAGAGAGAACAGCCGGUGGGCACCAAGAUGCAAACCGGCUACUCAGUGGGCGCUCAAGAUCAAAGUAGCCGCUCAGCGGGCGCCAGGGUGCAAACUGACUACUCAGUGGGAUCCCAGGGUCAAAGCGGGCAUUCUGCAGGCAACAGAAUGCAAACGAGCUACAUCGUGGGCAAUCAAGGUCAGAGUGAACAGAUGGUGGGCACCAAGAUGCAAAGUAGCUACUCGUUAGGCACUCAAGAUCAAAGUAGCCACUCAGUGGGCACUAGGGUGCAAACUGGUUACUCAGUUGGGACCCAGGAUCAGAGUGACCAUUCUCUGGGCACCAGGAUACAAAGUGGCUACUCAGUGGGUUCCCAGGGUCAGAGUGGCCACACAGUGGGCACUCACGGUCAGAGUAGCCACUCGGUGGGCACCAGGGUGCAGACUCACUACUCAGUGGGUCCCCAGGCUCACAGUGGCUAUUCCACGGAUUUCAGAGGGCAAACUGGCCACCCUGUAGGCAAUCAAGGUCAGGGUGGUCACUCGGUGGGCACCAGGAUGCAAACCCACUAUACGGUGGGCACCAAGGUGCACACUGGCCAGUCGGUCGGUGGCUACCUGAUGGGCAGCCAGAUGCGGAGCAGCUCCUCCAUGCAGACGGCGUUCCUGGCAUCGGCUGGAGUCAACGUUUCUGCCAGCCAUCGCCAGCUCUUGUCGCCGGUCUCGUCCCACCUGUCCUCGACCUCUAGAAUCUACCGAGCCGUGUACGAGUACACGGCCGCAGACCGUGACGAGGUCUCUUUCCAGGACGGGGACGUCAUCGUUAACACCCAGCAAAUCGAUGAGGGCUGGAUGUACGGCACGGUGCAGCGCACAGGCAUCUCCGGCAUGCUCCCGGCGAACUACGUGCAGGCCCUGUGAGCCACCGCACGAGCUGCAACACUGCCGCCUUCUUCUUCAUACGGGCUUACCUCCACCAACCUCUCUCAUCGUCAGCCACAAAAGCAACAGCUUUCUUCUACACAAAGGCUUCACAAACAUGGCGAAUACAUUCUGAAAGUACACGUGUCCCGGUUUAACAACCAGUUUAACAACAUGGACAGUCUGGCAAUUAUCACCUGUGCUCGAGUGUAAGGAAAUCAUUUGUACAAGAUCUGGUACCAGUAUUGUGUUGAACUUGAUUCCAGUAUUAUGCACAGUUUUGAUAGAGCUAGGCUGACUGAGAAAUGUCUGGGUUUGGUAUGUUGAAAAGGUGGCAACUCCUAAGGUUACCCUCAGCUACAAAUCUGAAGACGUAUUAGUGAGCAUAGAUAACGUUUUGCUGCGAGUUUGGUCAGCACAUUUCGACACAGUUGUGGUCACCUGCGUGUGAACCCUUGUUGCAUGGUGGUGGCUGUGAACAGCGUUUAUGUGUUCUAAUAAAGCCUGAUCUCCAA